AUGUCCGUCCACGCCGAGCACCCAACGGCUAGACCGCCCGCCCCCGCUCCCCCGGCACUGGCCCCCGCCCCCGCCCCCUCCGACCUACUCGCCCCCUCUACCCCUGACCCCGACGACGAGCCCUUCUACGUCUUCAAGCGCAUCGCAGUCCUCGGAGCUCGAGGAGUCGGCAAGUCCGCGCUCUCCAUCCGCGUCGCCCAGAACCGCUUCGAGCCCAAUUAUAUGCUCACAUUUCAGGACAUGUAUCAAUGGCGGCCCGUUGUCAACAGCGUCCAAUAUGAUGUCAGCAUCCUCGACACAGACGGGCAGGAUGAGAACUCCGAAUUCGGCAUGCGCUAUACCACCGGCGUUGAUGCCUAUGUGCUUGUGUUUUCGGUAAGAGACGAGAGCUCCUACGAGGUCAUCAAGCAAGUCAAUGAGAAGUUGCUCGUCACCCUCAAUGUCACAGAACGCGUCGGCACGUCCGAAGUGCCACGGGUGCUCGUGGGCAAUCAGAUUGAUAUCGCGCACCAACGCCAGGUUCCAUCCCAAGAAGCCGCCAAAUUUGCGAGCAACGAGGGUAUCCCAUACCUCGAGACUUCGGCCUUUACGUCGCAAAACGUUAACGAGGCCUUUGACUCCGUGCUCUGCAUGAUUCAGCAAAACCUCCGCAACAGUCAUGUUAUCCCAACCCACACUGAAGAGGACGAAGAGGAAGAGGACAUUAAAACACCCGACUUGCCCCCACCUGAGACUAAUCCCAACCCCGGCUGUCUCAUACAAUAG